AUGCCUAAUAUAAUUAAUGAAAUUAAAUUAGAUUUUAAAGAUGUAUUAUUGAGGCCUAAAAGAUCUACUCUCAGAAGCAGAGGUGAUGUAAAUCUUUAUCGAAAUAUUACAUUUAGGAACUCUAAGCAAACAUACAAUGGCGUUCCAGUGAUGGCCUCAAAUAUGGACACUGUUGGCACAUUUGAAAUGGCCAAGGCUCUCUCUAAGCAUGGACUCUUCACAUGUAUGCACAAAUAUUACACAGUAGAAGACUGGAAGAAGUUUGCCGAUGAAAAUCCUGAUUGUCUUAAAAAUAUAGCUGCCAGUUCUGGAAUAACAGACGCUGACUUUAUUAGAUUAUCCGACGUAUUAAAUGCUAUCCAGGGAAUAACUUUCAUCUGCUUAGAUGUUGCCAACGGUUAUUCUCAGCAUUUCAUUGAGUAUGUCAGAAAAGUUCGAUCUGCGUUCCCCACACAUACCAUUAUUGCGGGCAAUGUGGUAACAGGGGAAAUGGUUGAAGAAUUGAUUUUGUCCGGAGCUGACAUCAUUAAAGUAGGAAUAGGGCCGGGGUCGGUUUGUACCACCCGCAUGAAGACUGGUGUGGGGUACCCCCAACUUUCAGCUGUGAUAGAAUGUGCUGACGCAGCGCACGGUCUUCAAGGCCACAUUAUAUCCGACGGCGGAUGUACUUGCCCUGGGGAUGUAGCGAAGGCCUUCGGUGCUGGAGCAGACUUCGUAAUGGCAGGGGGUAUGUUCUCAGGACACGACCAGUGCGAAGGUGACAUUAUUGAAAAAAAUGGGAAGAAAUUUAAACUUUUUUACGGAAUGUCCUCCAGUACCGCUAUGGAGAAACAUGCCGGUGGCGUUGCUGAAUACAGAUCCUCUGAAGGAAAAACCGUCGAGGUACCUUACAGGGGCGAUGUAGAAGGUACGGUUCUCGACAUACUAGGAGGUCUUCGUAGUGCCUGUACAUAUACAGGGGCGGCAAAAUUGAAGGAAUUGCCACGACGUGCAACGUUUGUGAGAUGUACGCAGCAGCUUAAUAAUAUUUAUAGUUAAUUUAUUCAGAAGCUAGCGCAUAAAUAAGGUUUAUUGCCUUGCUCUACCAAACAUCCUGGAUAGUAUAAAAGUAUUUUUAACUCGGUCCGAUUGCUGGACAAUUGGAUGCUUUAGGUGUUAAUGUUUCAUUUUAGGAGUUUUUUAAUGAUAAUUAGGUAAUGACGCUAUUACACGGGUAUGCGUAGUCAAUUGGCAGCAUUUGUUAGUAUUUUGUAGAAAAUGUAGAGAAAAAUUUUCAACGGCAUCUCCAAAGUUACUCCAAACGACAAAUCUAGAGAUUAGAUUUAGAUAUAACUAUUUUUACAGUUGAAUUAAAAGUGACGUUAAUAAUUGCUGCAGAUAUAUCCGAGAUAUGAAAAACCGAGACGGAAUUUAAAAAAACCAUUUCUAUUCAGAAAAGAUGUAAUAUAUGACACUAUAUGACAUUAAUUUGUAAAAAAAAUAGGUACCUAAUUUACAAACAAAUUGAAACUUUGUUUCUGGUUAAAGUGAUUUUUAGGGAUAUCCUCCAUACACAGACAAAUAUAUAUAUAUAUCUGCCACGUUUUAAUAGGGGCAUUGAAAUUUAAAAGAUAUAUCACAUUUAUUUAAUAAAUAUCUCUCUUAAUAUGUUUGAACCUGGUCUAAGGGUGCAACUAAUUACGGCCAACAAUUUACUGAGUUGCCUACACAAAUCCGAAUAUACUGGAAAGCAUCGUCACUGAACAUAUCAGAAAUUUAGGUAAGUGCAUUUAAAUCCCGUUAUCUUUCGCUUCAUUCUAAAAACGAACGUUUUUUCAGUAAUUUUUUUUAUUUGAAAUAAGUUUACGACAAAUAAAAAAUAACUAAACAUAUUCAAUUCUUUUUGAAUAUGAAUUUUUUGUUGUUUUAAAUAGUAAUGAAAAGUUUGUGGAAUAGUAACCCCCUAAAAAAAUUAGAAAUUGCUAUGCCAAUAAUUUUUUUUAUUGUUAUUAUUUAUACAGAGUGGGUCAUUAGUAUGAGAGAGUAAAAUAAAACCCUUGUUGUUCAUAAUACAGAAAAAAAAAAUUUGGAUAAAAGUUGUACAGAAUCAAGAAACC